GCCUCAUCUUCCCGACUUGGAUGUGAGUCAAUAAUUAUAGGCCAUACAAGGAGAUAGGGACUUUGAAUAUGUGUGUUUUUCUUCUAUAGUUGGCUGCUGGUCUCGGUCCGAUUAUUAACAUAUCUGGAAUGGUCUACUGUGGACCGCCGUCUAAGGCCUGUAGAGCUUGCCGACAGCGGAAGAUUGGAUGUGACCAAAACCCACGUGGCUGUCGUCAGUGUGCAAGGGCCCGACGGCCUUGUCCGGGGUACAGAGACUAUGUCGAUCUGCUGUUUAAAGACCAGGGCCACUGGGUGCGAAAGAAAGUCGGCGCACCCAGCCAGAGACAGCCACCCAGCCAGAGAAAGCCUCCCCCAGAAGAAAGGCGUUGCCCACCAGCGACUGCAAAUGAUGAAACCACCUCAUUAAUUCCAACGGGCCAAGUCCAUCCCCAACCUUCUAUACUUGUGACGGCUGCUCCACCGCAGGAUUAUAUUCCAACCGUACCGCACUUCAUCCCACCCUUAACGCCAUCCAUUGUACCAGACCUGCGUGAUCUUGGAAUCGCCGUCUUUUUCCAGCAACAUACGCAACUGCGCCCGUUGCAAGAAUACAGCGAUCCGAACCCCAUGUUCCUCGACUUUGCGGGCACCAUCUUCCACACCAGUAACAACCAGAUGAUUUCUGCCUGUAUCAAGGCAGUCGGCCUGGCCAGUCUAGCCAACAUCCGAUCUGAAAAGCAGAUGCUAACACAAGCGAGAAAGGAAUACGUCGAGAGCCUAAGAUUAGUCAACAACGCACUCAGAGUGCCAUCUGAGGCUGUGCAAGACUCGACCCUGCUCGGAGUGAUGCUGCUGAACUUCUUCGAGCAAAUCACAUGCGUCAACGGCCAGUUUCUGCAUGUCUGGACACAGCAUGUAAACGGAGCGGCUCUGUUGGUGAAACUGAGAGGAACGCGCCAGUUUACCUACAAGGUCGGGCUGCAAAUGUUCCAGCACAUUUGCCAGAAUCUCACGACAAACUGCAUUCAGACUGGGCUCCCUGUUCCUCAGCAUAUUAUCGAACUCCGGGAGCAAUGUGCCCAGUAUAUCGACACCAAGUCGCCGAUAUGGCACAUCGGAGACACAGUGAUCAAACUCACCUUACUGCGAUCAAGAGUCGCCAAUAGCUCGAAUAACGAUAGCGACAUGGAUCAGAUCCUGCAGGACGCCCUGGAUCUCGACCUCGAGUUCAAGACCAUCUCCAUCCGUCUCUCAGCCGAGAUGCCCUACCACACCUGCGUCGAUUCCUCAGAACCCCGAUUCCACAAAGGAAUCUACCACAUCUACCCCAGCGUCUGGACCCUAUACGCAUGGAAUAACCUCCGCAGCGGCCGCUGCCUCCUCCACCAGCUCAUCCGAUCGCAAAUGCUAAAGGGCUUUAGCGCCAUCCCUCCCCGAUUCCUAUCACCCGCUCGCAUCUCCAUUUUCCAAGAGUCCCUCGAGACCCUCCUACAGAUGAUAAACGACAUCCUAUGCAGCGCUGCGCAGCUAAUCGGCUGGACAGCAACACCGAACCCAGCGCCCGAAAAGGAGCCAAUUACAGCCGGCGCAAGGCUCCUCAUCUGGCCGUUCUAUGUCGUCAUCCACAUAUGCACUAGUAUGGGGCUCUUUGCGACCUUUCCUGGGAUUGACAAAUAUAUGAUGAAUGUUCUGGCGGAGGUCGGUCGGCAGACUGGGAUUUUGGCAGCCACCUUCUUGUCCUCGUUGUUGGAGGACAGGGAGCUGUUGCGGUAUUUGCCAAAACUCAAGCAGAAGGGGUUUCGGAUGGUGGAGGGCUGAUCAGGGUCGUGUAUAUAUAUGGGGGUUAUAGCAUACGAAAUGGGAGGAGUCCGGAGUUGUUGUAUUUGCAUGCAUGUGAGAACGGCUUCUUCGGGUGAACCAAGGGACUCACUAUAAAUCUCAAACGACAGAGGAUUAACCAUAAACGACGCCCUUGCUAGCUCCAUGCUUAAAUGAGACGGUCUCUUGGCUAGAUCCAUCCUUGGUGAUCAUUUGGCGUUUGUAGCCGGUCAAGUGACCAGGCAAAAUAUACCUCCGGAUCUCUCUAAAAUGCGGUCAUUGUACAGCCUAAUAGAUAUCAUGAGCCGUUUUCUUUCCCG